GCAUUUUGUUAGACGCUCGUCUUCAAGUUCGUCGCUUGCAUCCAUCGCUAGGGCUCGGAGAAGCGGCGAGCGAAGCGCGAUCCAGCCGUCGAUCGAUCGGGUCGGACCAUGUCGUAUCUGCUGCCCCACCUGCACUCCGGAUGGGCCGUCGACCAGGCCAUCCUGGCCGAGGAAGAGCGGCUCGUCGUCAUCCGUUUCGGCCACGAUUGGGACGAGACCUGCAUGCAGAUGGAUGAAGUGCUGGCAUCAGUUGCUGAGACCAUAAAGAACUUUGCUGUCAUAUACCUUGUGGACAUAACCGAGGUGCCCGAUUUCAACACCAUGUAUGAGCUUUAUGACCCAUCCACAGUCAUGUUCUUCUUCAGGAACAAGCACAUCAUGAUAGAUCUUGGAACUGGAAACAACAACAAGAUCAACUGGGCUCUCAAGGAUAAGCAGGAAUUCAUCGAUAUCGUCGAGACGGUAUAUCGGGGUGCUAGGAAGGGUCGUGGUCUGGUCAUUGCUCCCAAGGACUACUCCACUAAGUACCGCUAUUAAUUCUCUGUGCCAAAAUGUAGUUAUUGGGUGCAUGCAAGUCUUCAGAAACCCAUUGCGACCUUUGUCUCUCCUCAAUUGGAUGAAUCUGUCUUUCAGUGAAUACUCCAUACGAAACUUAUGGAGCUUUUCUGACUGGGUACGGCAUAUUGGAUAAUUUGAUAAAGUUAUGAACUGCUCCCUUAUUGUGUUGUGCGGCUGA